GUUUAGUUCACCUUACAAGAACCUCUCCGUGGGUGUACCGAUUAUCUGUGUCAAUAUAUAAUCCACUUAAAAUGUUUUAUUGGUAGCAAAAACAAAUGUCUAGCAACCGGCUUGUAAGGAUGGACUCCAUUAGUUAUAACAACAAAUCAUCCAAACAGAAAAAGAAAGGCAAGCCCCCACCACCCCCUGGCUCAGAGUCGGACCAGAGUAUUGACACCAACAGCUUAUCAGCGGAGUCACAAGAUGCAGGUCGAUCACCAAAUAGCUCCCAUAAAACCAGAAGCAAGAAAGGUGAAUGGGAAAUUCUUGAAGGUCUCAAAGAAGGUCAGAGAUUUGAUUUGGUCCCUCGUAAAUUUGAAGGUUUCCUACUUAAACGUCGCAAAUGGCCACUUAAGGGAUGGCAUAAGAGGUACUUUGUGCUGGACAAGAGUAUCCUCACAUAUGCCAAGUCUGUAGCAGAUCUGGUUCGAGGGAAGAUUCUGGGUAGAAUGGAUAUUGGAAUGUCUGUUAUAUCUACAAAGACUCGUCGGCGACGUAUUGAUAUUGAUGCUGAUACCUUAAUUUUUCAUCUAAAGUGUAAAUCGCGUGAAGUAUAUCUACAGUGGGUUGAACAGCUAAAACAGCAUCGUCUUCACAAGCAACACCAGAUCCUAUACAGCAAAGACCAAGUCAAACUUACCUCACCUACAUCACCCUCAGAUGAUUCUCCAACAGAUCCGCUUGUGCCAGGUAGUCGGAAUUCCUUGCCUGGAUCUUUACCAGGGUCACAUCCUGGCACAAUUGGUCGGGAAGGCAAAUCCAACACAGGCACCACAUUAACUGGAGCUGCUGCAGGAGCAGGAACAUUACGAUCAUGGCUGAUGGAUAGCACAGGACUAGACCAUCUUACUAAGGAAAUCACCACAACACAACAUCAUGUUCAGCAGUUGGCCCGCCUUCUAGAUUCGAUUGAACAUCAAGAUGAUAUGAGUCAUGGGGAGCCGACAACUCCUUCGACAAAAUCAAGAAGAAAGUUUCGUUUGCGUAAACACAAGUCCAACAAGUCGACAAGUGGAGAGAUCACCAUCAGCACAAGUCCAGGGAAAGGAGCUCCAGAUCAGGUGGAUGCCAUGGUACCUUCACUGCAGGUAGAUGGAAACCUGUGUGAACUACGACCAUUGAGUAGCAGCAACCCAACACUGGCACUACACAGUGCUUGUUGGCAUCCAUCAGCUUCACGACCUCAUAGCUGUUCUGAUGCUUCGUCGGCCGUUGUGGGUGGUGCGCAGCCUCCAAAUACCCCAUCACCAACAUCACAACCCCACCAUCAAGCACCUAAUCCUCCAACCAUCACAUUGUCUAUGGAAAGUACAUCUCGAGAAGAUUUUACAAUUUUGGCAAAAGAAGUUGUGAGUCAAAUUGGACAGGUACUUCGUGGGAUUCAGACUGAGAGAGAGAAAUUACGCCAAGCCCUUGAGUCAGAAUCAAACCUCUUGGCCUCUCACAACACAACAGCAAUUAUUGCUGCUUUAAGAAACUCUCUUAAUCAGGCUUUGCAACAAAAUGCUGAACUGAGAGGUCGAUUGGCCAGGAUCCAUGCUGACUCUGACUUGUCCGAUGUCUCUGUACCACCAUCAAUGUCUGAACUUGUAAGCAAUGGACUUUUUAUCUCCAAUGAUUAUAUUUAUUUUAGCUACCUUACUUACAUGGUGAUGAUCUGUUAUACUGUAUGUUACACCCCAAGAUCCCCAUUUAUUUCAAGGAUCUCAUGCCACAUAUUAUGACUUGUAGCAUCACAUAAACUUUGGUUCAAUAUGCCUGUGUAGUAUUCAUCAAGUCUUUUAGGUCGCAACCCAUGACAGUAUAACCUUUGACACAUCAGCAGAACAUUAAUGAAACAAUUAGCACAACUCUCAUGUCACAACCCUAUACCUGUACCACUCAAGAUUAAGAACUAAUUGAGCCUUGGAGCUACAGCAGCUUGCACAUUGUAGCCCUCAUUUGUCCUUCAUUGAUCAUCUCUUAUUUCUAGUAAUAAGCCUUAGUCUAGUCAUCUUCCUGCUUGAAACAGGUUGUACCCUGAAUAAUUUCAUCUCAACAGUAGAGGUAAGUUGUAUUCACAUUGUCUUUAACACCUGGGGAGCUUUAUGGGUGAGCCACAUGUCUGCUUUAUUGGUAUAAUAAAAAGAGGUAUAACUUAAUUGAAUUUAGGGCCAUAAGAGUAGCAGUGUAAGUCGGCUUAUCCUUGGGGAUUGUAUUUUGUUAACCAAAUAGGUACCGUAUAUGACGGCGUAUAAGUCGACUCCCCAACUCCAGCAGCUGUCAAGUGUUGUGAAGGACCAAGUCAACAAUCAAAACACAUAAACAGGUAAACAGUCAAACAAGCCACUCUAUACAUGACGUCACACACAACGUCAUUAGUGACUGACCCAACAAUCAUAGCAACACUGAACUCAGUUGACUUCCUGCUCAUUCCACCACAGUCCACACACAGCCAUCAAUAACAAAAGGUGUUUAAAUAAAACUACUGAGAAAAAAUUUAUUUCAUCCAUAAUAGAUAUAGAACAAUUAUAUUAAAGGUAAAUAUGAAGGUUGUAAUACGAAAUACUCUCACUUCCGGUCAUCAUUUUAUACCCAUCGUAUAAGUCGACCCCCUAACUUUGAACACUAAAAAAUUGGCUUCAAAGGUCGACUUAUACGCCUCCAUAUACGGUAAGUGUCCUGUGGGUGGAAGGCUUAGGUUUGAGGCUGAACUCUUGGUUAUAGGAAGUAAUGUUAAAGACAUAGGUUGGGAGGGUGGACUGUAAUUCUCCUGAGGAAGUGAUAGGCCUGACCUAGUAUAGUUUUCAAAAACUCAGUUACAGCUUGUUUAAUGAAACUUUGUAGUUCCAAUGUUCAAAGCAUACGUAGUACAGUAAUAGAAACACUCACAUUGAUAUAAAAUUUUCAAUUUUUUUUUUCUGUCACAGGUUGAAUGCAGUAUUUUGUAGAUUUAACGAACUAAUUCGAGCCACCCCUUUCCGUUAAGAUGAAAUUUCCACUAAAUUGAACUUUCCGUCAUUUUCGCUCGAUUUGGCGAACUAGUUCACUAAAUCAAACAUAAUUCCAUUAAAUUCCAUGCCAAAUGCACCGCUUGGCGCAUGGGGUUUGUUUACAUCCAAUCAGUCUUGUGUCCUGCCAUCACCGCGUGUGUUGUUCACUGCUACCUCUUGGUUUACAUCUCGGUUAACUAACUACAGUAAUACCCCGAUUUACGCGGUCAAUUGAACCCGCGGAGUAGCGCGUAAAA